AUGUCACAGGUGACGAAUGACCCAUGGACAUUUUCUACCAACUCAUUACCAUCAGACCCUCGUCUCAUGACAACAGUGGCAAAUGGAUAUCUUGGCACUCGCAUUUUUGGAGAUGUUCUUCAUGUUAAUGGUCUUUACAAUGGGGCUGUUGGUGAUUGCCACAGAGCAGAUGUACCCAGUCCUCUGAGCGUUAGGCUUUGUGCAACCAAAGAAGAAAUUGUAGAUGAAAGCUUCUCUUUAAGUAUCAAAACAGGUACGUUUAGCCACAUCCUCCAGUGCUCUUCAUUUACAGCAACUCAGCAGAUCUUCGCUCAUCGCUCUCACAGCCACCUAUUGGUCAACAUUAUAACAUUAAAACGUACAGGAGAAUCCAGUCCAGUCAGCUUAAAUCUCCAAACUGAAAUGAAAGUUGAAAGCCAGGACCUGGAGCUACAUAUAGGUCAUACUUUCCAUGAAGCUCAGUAUAUCUAUGGAAAUAUUCUUGUCCCAGAGGUUGAAUCAUGUCCACGAAAGUCUAUUCAUAUGAUUUGGAAUGCAGUACCUCAGUCACUGGUUCUGGAAACUGAGCUGGAGAAAUCUUGGGUGUUCCUUACAGCAGUGUCUGAGUCUGAAAAAGACGUAAAAGAAAAGUUUGUUGAGGGACAAGCACUAUCUGAUGAAGGUCAGCUAUAUCUCUCCCAUGAAAAGGCUUGGGAUGAGUUAUGGAUGGGAAGUUGCAUAGACAUUGAAAGUUCAUUGGAUCUGAAACCGAUUAUUUAUGGAUGUCUCUAUUAUCUGCUAAGCUCCCUUCCACCCCUGGGCUCUACAGAUGAAUUUCAUGGCAUUAGCCCUGGAGGUCUAUCCAAUGGAAGCAGAAAUGAAGAUUACUGGGGCCAUGUUUUCUGGGAUCAGGACACUUGGAUAUAUCCCAAUAUUCUAUUAUUUUAUCCAGAAAUGGCUGCUCACAUUCUGAAAUACAGAAUUAGGACUCUGAGUGGUGCGGGGGAGAAUGCAAAGCAACAAGGAUAUAAGGGUGCUAAAUUCCCCUGGGAGAGUGCUUUAACAGGGUAUGAAGUUUGCCCAGAGAAAAUUUAUGGAGAGCAAGAAAUUCAUAUUAAUGGAGAUGUUUUAGUAGCAUUCAAACAAUAUUAUCACAUGACAAAGGAUUUAGACUUAUUUGCAUCUGCUGGAGGUUGGGAUGUGGUGAAUGCAAUUGCAGAAUAUUGGUGCAGCAGGGUUAUUUGGAACACAGAAGAGCAGUGUUAUCAUGUAAAUGGUGUGAUGCCACCGGAUGAAUAUCAUAGUGUUGACAACUCCAUAUAUACAAAUGCUUUGGUGCAAACCAGUUUACAAUUUGCUAUGGACCUGGCUGGUGAAUUAAAAAAAAAUGUCCCUGAUUUAUGGAAAGACAUCGCAAAUAAAAUCAAAUUGCCAUAUGAUUCCAAAAUGAAUUAUCACCCAGAAUAUGAUGGAUACACAAUUGGUGAGAAGGUGAAACAGGCAGAUGUUGUCUUGCUAGGUUAUCCCAUGAUGUUUCAAAUGACCACUGAGCAACGCAAAAAUGACCUUGAAAUAUAUGAAUCCGUAACUGAUGUUGAUGGUCCUGCAAUGACUUGGAGCAUGUUUGCAAUCGGCUGGAUGGAAUUAAAGAAAGCACAGGUGGCGCAGGACCAACUGAAGAAAUGCUUUGCAAACAUCACAGAGCCUUUUAAGAUAUGGACUGAGAAUGCAGAUGGCUCCGGAGCUGUAAAUUUUCUCACAGGGAUAGGAGGAUUUCUGCAGGCAAUACUUUUUGGAUACACCGGAUUUCGGAUCACAGAUAAGAGUUUGAAAUUUGACCCCAUAUUCCCUGAUGAUGUCAAGAAACUUUGCAUUAAAGGAAUUUGUUACCUUGGUAACAAAUUGGACUUUAUGUUUACCAGAGAUAUAAUGACUGUAGAGCUGAUGUCGGCACUUAAGUCACAAAAUUAUUCAUUGGAUGUUAUUAUCGGGGAACAUGAAACAUGUUUGCCAUUGUAUAUUGGAAAGCCAGUGUCCUUUCCAACCAAGGCAGGUUGCAUCAAGCAAAGGAGUUGAUGUUGGUCGUUUUGAUACAAGUGUGUCUUUCCUCUUGUCUCAUUAAAACAUAUUUGAACCAUAAUCACAACAGUAGUUCAUAGA